UUUCGUCUUCGGACAACAAGUCUCGCAACUUUGGAUUUACGCACAACGCAAUAUGACUACAGCACACAGACCUACGUUUGACCCUGCACAAGGCAAAGAGGCCCUCCGUGGUCCGGCCUACCACCAGCGACUGCUUCCCGCGCACAAGCUUCUGAAGACACGUCAACUCGGCCAAGGCACCGAAGCGGAAGCUACCCAGCGCGACCUCCGCGCCGAACUCCUCCAGGCUGAGGCCGCCCAUUUUGCCAAGAAGAACGGAACCCCCCUUGAUGAGCCGACGGUCGAGAGCGUGACGCCCAAGCGUCAGUUGGAAGGUGGUUCGCCGGGUGGAGAUGCAGACACAGGAGAGCAGGAAGAAGAUCUGGAAGCGAAACGGCGGAGGAUAUUAGAGGAGACGAGAGACAUCGAUGCGGAUUCGGAUGGGUCGGAGGAGGAUAGUAGUGAUGAGGAUAGUGAUGACGAGGAGGAUGAGGCUGCCGAGCUGAUGCGCGAAUUGGAGAAGAUCAAGAAGGAGAGGCUGGAGCAGAAGGAAAAAGAGGAACGCGAGCGUGCGGCCGAAGAGGAGGAGAAACGAGAAUACGACAUUGCGCGUGGAAACCCCCUGCUCAACCCGCAGGACUUCAAUCUCAAGCGACGAUGGGACGACGACGUGGUUUUCAAGAACCAGGCGCGCGGCACGGAGGACAAACGGGGCAAGGAGUUUGUCAACGACUUGUUGCGAUCGGACUUCCACAAGCGGUUCAUGGGCAAAUACGUUCGGUGAACACCAUACUCUCCGUAUGCUAAAUUUAACGGCUGCCAUGGCUCUUUGAAUUUCGCUCCCCGAUCUUGCUACAUUACAAUCCACCCACAAUGAUAGAGGUAUCACAACUCUCAGGACAGGAUAAGCACCUACAGAAGGUCUGAAGCUGGAGGGCGAUGGAAACUCGGUCUUCACGUCUUUCAUUGGACACUCGCGAGCUCAUGCGCUGGAGAUGCACCACCUAGAUAUCGAUUGAGUAUAUCGUCCAUUAUAGUCAUAAUAUCCA